AUCUUCUGUUUGGGGCAACACUGGUUUCAGUCUGACGUUCCACAUUCCCAGUUCAAAUAUCAAAGGCGUGGUCAACGUAUGUCUUCUCCUCCCAGAUGGUCAUUGCCAUGGCAAAGCUAAAAUCACCUACAGCUCAUUACCAUCAUGCACCAAUAUUACUCCAAGCAGCAGCUGGAUCAGUGGGAAGAGGAAGAUCACACUCACUGGGUCCCAUCUUAACUUUGUUGAAGGGGUCAUGCACAGCCCCACAAUGCACAGCCCCACAAUGCAGGAGGUCAGACUUCCCAGAUACAUCAGCUCUCAGAAUCUCACCUAUGAUUCACCUGCAGCUCUGAGCAUUUCUAGCAGUACUGUGUAUUUGAAAGUAGCCAAUGAAACCUUGACCUGCUCCAGAAAACUCUCGUACUAUCCAGACCCUGAGUUUACCAGCUUCACAGCCACAAGGACAGGGAAAGAUGUGCACAUCACCAUUCAGAAAAAAACAGACAAGCUGGAGAUGACAAUAGAUGAGUUAUCAGUGUGGGGCGUUGAAGACAAGCCAAAAAAUUGCACCAUGGAAGCCAAAGAAACCAGUGACAACAUUGACUCUUUCACCUGUGAGAUUAAAAGCUCAACCAACCCUGAAUUUCAACAAUUAUUGAUAAAAUACGGAGACAAAUCUGUCACACUGGAAAAUAAAGAUAAAUCUGGAGUUUCUUAUUUUCCGAUGCUGAUCCUUGUCCUGCUGCUGAUACCAGCCAUUAUUACUGUGGCGUUAUUCUACCAAAGACAACAGCAGAGGCUCGCUGAUAAGAUGAACAAGUUUGUGGAAGACCUUGAGCUCAACAUCAGGAAUGACAUCAGACAAGGUUUUGUGGAGUUGCAGACAGAAAACGCUGAUCUACUGGAAAAUGUUGGAACAAUUCCUUUCCUGGAUUUCAAGCACUUUGCCUCCAGAAUCUUUUUUCCUGAGAAUGAAUCUUUGAUGGAAUCCUGUAUCAAAGACAUCAGUCAGGAUGCGGUGAAGAUUCAGCUUGAUGAGUGUUGCCAGGGCUUGUCCAGGCUGAUCCAGGACCAGCUCUUCCUCACCUCCAUGGUGCAUGCUCUCGAAGAAGAGAAGAGUUUCACCAUCAAAGACAAAUGUGCAGUAGCAUCUCUGCUCACUGUAGCGCUCCACAGCAACUUGUCAUACCUGACGGAGGUGAUGGAGGUUCUGCUCAAGGAUCUGAUGCAGAAGAGCAGCAACGCUCAGCCCAAGCUGUUACUCCGACGCACUGAGUCUAUAGUGGAGAAACUGCUCACCAACUGGAUGUCCAUCUGCCUCUACGGCUUCCUUCGGGAAACUGUUGGCCAGCACCUGUUCCUGAUGGUUAGCGCCCUCACGCAGCAGAUUGCAAAAGGCCCAGUGGAUUGUGUCACAGAGAAAGCGCUGUACACACUCAACGAGGACUGGCUGCUCUGGCAGGCUCAGGACUUCAGCUCGCUGAAGCUCAAAGUGCUGUUUGCUGUGGGCACUGACGGGGAGGUGAGUGAGCCUCUGGAAGUCAUCGUCCUUGACUGUGAUACAGUGGAGCAGGUCAAAGAGAAAAUUCUGUCCAGCUUCAAGGCCAAGUUUGGUUUCCCCUACAACAUUCCCCUGAGGGAUGUCUGCAUAGAGUAUGAGAAGAAUGGAUUAUUCCUUCCUCUUGAGGAAGUUGAUGCAAGCUCAGUGGUUAUUGGGGAGGUGACAAUGCUCAACACUCUCAAACACUACAAGGCUAAUGAUGGCGGGACAAUCAAAGUGCUCUCUAAGAAAACUCAUCCUCCUCUGAGCCCACAAGGAAGUGUGAAAGAUGACGAGAAUUUCUCGGGAAAAUACUUCCAUUUGAUCGAUCCUGAUGUAGAUGAAGAUCAAACAAAGAACCCAGAGAGGAAGAAGUUAAAGCUAAAGGAAGUACACCUCACCAAGCUGCUCUCUACCAAGGUGGCAGUGCAUUCAUUUGUGGAGAAACUCUUCAGGUCCAUCUGGGGCCUGACACUCAGCAGAUCUCCGUUCGCUGUCAAGUACUUCUUUGACUUCUUGGACACUCAGGCGGAAAACAUGAAGAUCACUGACCCAGAUGUCCUGCACAUCUGGAAGACCAACAGUUUGCCGCUGCGCUUCUGGAUCAACAUUCUGAAAAACCCUCAGUUUGUUUUUGACAUGGAGAAGACGCCACAUAUGGACGGCUGCCUGUCCGUCAUUGCUCAGGCCUUCAUGGACUCCUUUUCUCUGAGUGAGAUGCAGCUGGGGAAGUACGCGCCUACCAACAAGCUCCUCUAUGCCAAAGACAUUCCCAAGUUUAAACAGGAAGUGAAGAUGUACUACAAACAGAUAAGAGACCAGUCACCAGUCACGCCCGCAGAAUUCAAGGAUUUCCUGCAUGAAGAGUCAAAGAAACACGAAAAUGAAUUCAAUGAAGCAGCAGCGCUCAAAGAACUCUACAAAUUCAUAGAGCGAUACUUCACAGAGAUCAAGCAGAAACUGGACGAGAACGGAGUCCCUGCUGAGCUGAAGGAGCAGCUACAACAUGUAAAGCAAUCAUUUGAUGGACUGAAAAGCUGCUCCUGGAGUUGAACCAUCUGUCUUUUCUCUAAUAGGAAUAAGCCGUGAAUAUCAAGCAAGGGAGUGAACCUCACAGAGGAUGUUUCGUUUACCGAAAGCUUUUUGUAUCUGAUGGACUUUCACUUUCUUCACCAGCGGAAUAAUUGUUGUUAAAACUCAUGAACCCAAAUGCACAAUGAUUCCAGCCAAAGACAUGUCAGGCACAAGGUUAAUGUACAAAUAUUUUAAUACAGUUCAAGUCUGUAUCAUCAUUGUGCAACGUAGUCCGUAGUGUCAUCUGUAUG